GGUGGUGUGUAUAUAAAGCUUGUGAACAUCCAGACAGCAGCUCAUUCUGAUCACAGCAGCAGCAGCAGUGUGACUGCAGUGAAGCAUCAGGACAUCACCUCAACACCAUGGCAUCCAUCAGUAACGUCUCAUCCAAAUAUGAAGACCUGGAGUCCAGAAGCAUCCUGAUCUCAGGAGGACGUCCCAAAAUCUACCAGUUGAAACCCAGGAAAGAGAAGAUUGGCACUGUGACCAGAAUGACUGUUGGAGAGAAAAACCAGGACAGGCCCAAUAAAACCAUCCUGCUGGUUGGUGAAACAGGAACUGGAAAGUCUUCACUGAUCGAUGCUCUGUUCAACCACAUGAUGGGAGUGACCUGGGAGGAUGAAGUCUGGUUCCAGCUGGUGGAGGAGGAGAAGAACUCUGAUCAGACUGAGAGUCAGACCUCAGAUGUUGUGGUGUACCAGAUCUUUGGUUAUGAAGGUAACGCUCCACCCUUCUCUCUGACCAUCAUUGAUACUCCUGGAUUUGGAGACAUCAGAGGGAUUGAACGUGACGCCAUGAUCAGUGAAAGACUGCUGGACGUGUUUCGAGCAGAGGACGGCGUGCGCAGCGUUCAUGCUGUGGGUCUGGUGUUGAAGUCAAGUGAGAAUCGUCUGAGUGAUCGACUGUUGUAUGUCUUCAACUCAGUGAUGUCUCUGUUUGGAAAAGGCAUGGAGAGAAACAUUGUGGCUCUGAUGACCCAUUCAGAUGGACUCACACCUCAAAAUGCUCUGAAGGCUCUCAAUAAAGCCAAAAUCAAAUUUGGGAGAAACAAGAAGAACCAGCCCACUCACUUCCUGUUUAACAACCUGCAGAAAAAGGAGAGAACAGAGGAAGAAGAAUUCAUUUUGGAAACUCCAUGGAAAAUCUCCAAGAGAGGGAUGAACCAGUUCACUGCCUUCUUAGAUGAAGUAACUCCUCAGACACUGGAUGAAACUAUCAGAGUCCUGAAUGAACGUGCUCGUCUGGCAGCCUGCAUCAAAAACCUGCAGGAGAGGAUCCAUCUGAUAGAGCUGAAGAGAAGAGAGAUCCAGCAGAAACAGGAAGCUGUGAGAGAAUGUCAAGGAAUGAUGAGAGAGAAUAAGAAUUACAGCGGUCAUGUAGAGGUGUCAUACAAAAUAAAAAAAGAGUUAUCUGAUGGAGGCUGGGGCUUCCUCAAGUAUUCAGGAGCUGUCUGCUGCACUUCCUGUGAGGAGAACUGUCACUAUCCAUGCUCUGUGUCCUGGGCUGCAGGGUUUUGUGAGGUGAUGAAAUUAGGCCGCUGCACUGUUUGCAGUGGGAAGUGCCGUAUAUUGUCUCAUGUCAAAGACAAAUGGAUAUAUGUCACUGAGUCAAAGAGAGUUCCAUAUACUAACAAAGAGAUGUGUGAGGAGUAUGAGAAGAACAAGUUGGCCGGAGAUGUAGAAGAAGCCCUACUGGAGAUGCUGAAAGACCAGGAGAAGAAGAUGAUGGAGGAGGAGAGGCCACUGCUGGAUGAAGCCUACCAACAUGUGAUCAGUCUGGAGAAGAUCGCCCUCAACGUCAACUCAGUGUCCACCUACGUCCACUAUGACCUCCUGAUCAAGAAAAUGUCAGAGAGAGGAGACCAGGAGAAGGUCGAGAAGCUGAAUGAGAUGAAAUAUAAAGCGGACAAACAAACCAAGUCAGGAGCAUCAUAUGUGCGCAAUAAAAUGUAGGAAUGGAAAGACCGGUGCAUGAAGUAAAAACAAGAGCUGAACGUCCUGGUUUUCAAUUUACCGGACAAGCGUGUGAUUUCCCAAUCAAAUAUUAUCUGGAUUUAUUGAGCUUAAAUGCUGCAAAGUAAAGUACUGCAUUACUCCCAGGAUGGGGGGGGGGGGGGGGGGGGGGGGGGGUCAAACAGCGGAGUCCCGGACAGCUCCCCAAUAAUGACAGUUAGGAUCCGCACCUGGACAACGACUAUGACAUUUGGGCUCUCACCCUUUCUCCUCUGAACUAUUUUGUUUAGUAAAAAAGUCUUUAAUUUUCGCCUGUUUCGACAUGUGUCUCCCGCUGUAUUGUUGUGCUGCGCGCUUUGUCGAGGUAAUGAAACAUGUGCUACAACUUUAGUUCCAUCUGAAAAAAAGUUAUGUUCCACAUAAACCACGCCUAUUCAUAAAAGAUCAGAUUCAAGGUUUUAUUGUUGUUGUUUUUUGAUAAAAUGAUGUGGAAAUGGGCCAUUUUCACAGCUCCACUACUUCCUGAAAUUAACUGUGCACAUUCAUUUCCUGUCUUGCAUUAUUGGCCAUAAUGAUUAA